GAUGGUCGGUCACAUGAGAGUCUCUCUCCAGCUGGAUUCAUCCCUCAGCACGUCGGAGACGGACUGACCCUUUUCACCCAGGAAUAUAUCCAUCCUGUACAUAUUCCAACAUGCCCUUUUCGGAGUUGUAUUUUAACGUGGAUAAUGGCUAUUUGGAAGGGCUGGUUAGAGGUUUUAAGGCCGGGAUCCUCUCUCAAGGAGACUAUCUCAACCUCGUUCAGUGUGAAACACUGGAAGAUUUGAAGCUGCACCUGCAGAGCACAGACUAUGGAAGCUUUCUGGCCAAUGAGGCUUCUCCUCUCACUGUGUCGGUCAUAGAUGACAAGCUGAAGGAGAAGAUGGUAGUGGAGUUCCGCCACAUGAGGAACCAGUCAUAUGAGCCUCUGGCCAGCUUCAUGGAUUUCAUCACAUACAGCUACAUGAUUGAUAAUGUCAUCCUCCUAAUCACGGGCACUCUACACCAGAGGGCGAUCUCAGAGCUGGUGCCAAAAUGUCACCCCUUGGGCAGCUUUGAGCAGAUGGAGGCUGUCAACAUUGCUCAGACCCCUGCUGAACUCUACAAUGCCAUUCUGGUUGACACACCUCUAGCUGCUUUCUUCCAAGAUUGCAUCUCAGAGCAGGAUCUUGAUGAGAUGAACAUUGAAAUUAUUCGUAACACCCUGUACAAGGCUUAUCUCGAGGCCUUCUAUAAAUUCUGCACCAAUCUUGGUGGGACAACAGCUGAUACAAUGUGCCCUAUUCUUGAGUUUGAGGCAGACAGGAGGGCCUUCAUCAUCACCAUCAACUCGUUUGGAACGGAGCUGUCUAAAGAGGACCGUGCUAAACUGUUCCCACACUGUGGAAAGCUCUAUCCAGAGGGAUUGGCACAGCUAGCACGUGCCGAUGACUAUGAACAGGUCAAAGCUGUGGCUGACUAUUAUCCUGAAUACAAGCUGUUGUUUGAGGGUGCUGGCAGCAAUCCAGGAGAUAAAACGCUGGAGGAUCGCUUCUUUGAGCAUGAGGUGAAGCUGAAUAAACUGGCCUUCCUUAACCAGUUCCACUUCAGUGUGUUCUAUGCUUAUGUGAAACUGAAGGAGCAGGAAUGCCGGAACAUUGUCUGGAUAGCGGAGUGCAUCGCUCAGAGGCACCGUGCUAAGAUUGACAAUUACAUUCCCAUUUUCUAAUGGUAGACUCUCCAAUUAUUCCCCUUCUUCUAAAUAAAUCAUCCAUUGCCUCUUAUUUAUAAGUACUGUACAUUUUGAUGAUUAUUUUUCUGUAACGUGUACUGUCUCUGUAUAAUCCCUAAUCAAUGGCAACAGCUUCCUGCGGUCAAAGUUUUUCCCUGUUUACUGUUAUUUCUCUAACCCGUCUUAGAUUACAUCAGGGGUUCCUCUACUUGGUUCUUUAAUACAGUGCAUCAAUAAUCAGAAUACAGUCCAACUGAUGUGGUCCUAAGACACUUUAUGGUACCAAGUCAUCAGAAUGUACCAUAAAGCAUAGCAUGUUAUAGCUGCUGUGUCAAAUAAAAUUCAAGGCCUCGUGUUUAUGCCACUUUUAACAGCGUCCUGAUAGAAUAUAGGAUCGGCUUGCUCUCUAAGAAGGAGCUCCUGGCCUCGUGUGUCAGGCCUUUCAUGGCAAAAGAGCUGAUUUAUAAUCACUCUUGCCUUUCAUAUCUUAAUAUAUGGGUAAGUUCUGCUGAAAUGCUGCAUAUACAUGGAACAUGUACAACAUGCAGUAGAACAUCUCCACUGUGGAUAAAUCAAACCGUAAGAGAGUAAAUAGUAGUAGUGGCGUGCAUGACCUACUGAUUCAAACAUUCCAUUAUUUUAACUUGUCCUGUGCACAGCUUGCUAAUUAAAUCAUUUUAAAUUUCAGAACAUUUUCCAAUUCUAAACUCAUUUUAAAGACGGAGCGCACUGCCUAAAGCAUGUAAUUCCUCGCAGCCGUUUCUAUAGUUUAAACCUAUCCAGGUAUAGCAAGUAUUAAACUAUUGGGAAAAAUAGAACAGAGCAAAUAUUUACUGAAAAACACGGGUUUAUAUUGAAAAGUGUUGUUCUUUGUUGUGUAUGAACACCUGAUUCUGUGUAUUUGAAGCUGAGAUCUAUGUGAAUUGUGCUUUUUUUUUUUGUAAAUUAAUGUCAAAAUAUUGCAAGAGUAACUUAUAGUGUCGAUCAAAUUUUAUGAUGAGAAAUGCUGUAUGUGUAAGGUCUGACCUAUAAAUGAGUAUACCUAGAAUUAAAGGGACCUUACAUUCAGGCAUCUCAAGCUGUAAAAAAUGUUGUAUUGCUGUAACCAUCUUGCUUGUGUUGUGUUAUAAUUGCGAAAAUAUAUACACAGUAUAUAAUAUGGAA